GAGAGACACAACAGUUCCGCCUCCUCUCUUUCGUAGCGACCCGAACCCUUGGAGGACUGCACAUUCAAUCGAAUUGCUUUUGGACCCAAUAAAAACAUUCUUUUGAUUUAGUUUUUAAGGCUGCCGAGCUUCCACAGAAGAACCAUGCCCUUCCCAUCAGUGGCUCUCCCCGUCUGACGAGGUGACCGAUGCAUACCAAGUAGUGCAGAGUCCGGGGAGAUCCCCCCGUGUUUUUCGGGUUUAGCAUGAGCAUGGAAGAUUAUGACUACCUGUUCAAGAUAGUUCUAAUAGGAAAUGCUGGAGUCGGGAAGACAUGCCUCGUCCGGCGCUUUACUCAGGGCCUUUUCCCACCUGGACAAGGGGCUACUAUUGGAGUCGAUUUUAUGAUUAAAACUGUGGAAAUCAAAGGGGAGAAGGUCAAGCUGCAGAUAUGGGACACAGCUGGACAGGAGAGAUUCCGCUCCAUCACUCAGAGUUAUUACCGUAGUGCCAACGCCCUCAUUCUCACGUACGACAUUACCUGUGAGGACUCCUUCAGGUGCCUUCCAGAGUGGCUGAGGGAGAUUGAGCAGUAUGCCAACAACCAAGUGGUGACUAUAUUAGUCGGUAACAAAAUCGAUCUGGUGGAGAAGAGGGAGGUUCUCAGACAGAGGGCUGAAGACUUCGCCGAGGCGCAGAGCAUGUUGUAUCUGGAGACCUCGGCCAAGGAGUCCGACAACGUCGAGAAACUUUUUCUCAACCUGGCCUGCGAGCUCAUUCGAGAGGCCAAGCAGAACAAGCUGGAUAACAAUGAUACUGCCCCGAUGCCCGGCGAGGGUAAGACCAUCAGUUACUUGAGCUGCUGCAGCCUCAAUUAGAGAGAGAGCUCCGGCCUUCUGGCUGUGGAAUCUCAGUAGCCAUUGACUGUAGAGGGCAGGUGGCUGAGCCCCAAUGCCUCCGUCCCUCUAAGAUGACAUAAAGCCUCUUAGUUCUGUCAUUUCUUGUCCCAUGCCUUUUUUUAAUGCUGCACACGGGGGGUUAGUCAACUUAGGUUUGGCCUUCCAGGAGCAAACAUAUUUAGGAUGCUGCCAUUGUGGAGAAAAUUAUACUCAGUGCAACAGGACGUAAAGUAUGUCUGCCUGAUGCAUCCAGGAAUCGGAGUAGGGCUAAAUUUGGUCCUCUUCACGCUGAAAUGGCAGAACUCUCCCGUUUGGGCUUUAGGCUCCAUUUUCAUCAAGCGUCAAUGUUCACCAGCAGUGUUACGUGAGUGAAAAACCUCCACCAGGUAUUUUGUUACAGAUUCAAAAAAACUUCACGAUCAUUGGAGGUUAUCAGUAGUACAGCUGACAAUAUGUUUACAACACAGUAUGUUUUUAAAAUCACCAAGUCUGAUCAAGUGGCAAGAAAACUAUACAAUCGUUUCCCCUGAAAUCCAUUGCACAGUUGUAUUCAAUUAAUUUCCCCCACAACAGUUUCUUCUGAAAAUUGCAUAAAAUGUUAUUAACUUUUGUAAUCUCAUUUCUGUGUAGUUAUUUGCACCCGUCAGUACAAACUGUGAAAUAUAUGUUCCCCUUAGAUUUUUACUUGCUGCUAAAAUGUUUUUAUGUCAGAUAACACACGUAUAAAUACUACAUUGAAUCAGCGAUGACGUUGCUUUUUUUUCUUUGUAUACUUGCAGUGCUUAUAAUUAGUCAGUUUAUUUAGUUUGAAGCGAGUCUGAAAGUUUCAGUCACAUGUAGAAAUAAUGAACUGUUUAUCACUUUACAUUAUUUUAACCGUCAGCGUUUCCUUUUCCCCAUAGACAUGAAUAUCUUUGCCUUUGUUGUUGCUACCUAGCCAUGAAAAUGUAUGACUUCUUUUUUUUCUGAAGCCGUUUGUUUAUGUAGUUUUCUAUGACUUGUUGUAUUUCAUAUGCUUUUAUUGUGAAAUUCGAUUGUCCAAGAUUGAUGUUUUGCCAUAAUUUGUAGUGUCUGACUUUAUCUUUCAUAUAUUUGCCAUAACUGUAAUGUAUCGUAUUGCACAAUGCCAUUUACUGCACACUUAUUUUUAUUGUAACAUUUUGUCUUUUGUUGUACAGACUUGUAGUACAUCUUGGCACUUUGCUUUUUCUACUUAUUAUUUUCAGUAAUCUCUUUGUACAAUUGGCGAGCAUUUUGUUAUGCCUUUUACCUUAAACAUCAGCAGUUACCUACUGUUAAUUCCUUGCAUCUUCUUGUCAAACCAGUAUGGGAAAUACAAAGGAUUACACUGUUGGGAUAUUGUGCUUUUUUUCCCUUUAUGUGUACCAAAUAAUCCCUUAAAAUACUCUGUACAUUAACAUUAAAUACUUACACUACA